AUGCAUCGGUGGGUGGCGUCCGAAUUGGCUAAUCAGGCGAACUAUCUCAACGUACCUAGACAUAGUCUAGGUUUUAGAGUGCACCGCGGGGAGGGUGGUGGACCCCCAGGGGGGGAGGGGGCGCAGUCUGGUUGCCAUGGCAACCGCAAGAUGGCCUCCGCGAAAUUAGUACCUACGUCUGCAGGCUUUAUGCGCACCGUCUUCAUUAUGUCGGAUUUCAAUUUAUUUCCGAAU